GAGUACUGUUAGCGCGAUCGUGAAACAUGGCGCGAAAACACGCGCAGUUUUUGCUGCUCGCUGCUUUUCUGAUUGUUGCGUCGUGCAGCGCUUACAACCCAGUGCAAAUAAUAGAAACGAAUGAGAAUUUGAUGCAAGAAGAUAUCUUAGAUGUGCAGAUGACGAAGGAUGAUUUCCAAUACCAAGUUCCCAACAAAAGAGGUGUACCGUGUAUCCUGGCAAAUAUGGCAAUAAAAAUUACGGUACCAUACACAACGGAGAAUGGGACUGUACCUGGAUCUUUAGAGGUACCAGCAGAUGAAAAGCCCACUGGUACUUGUUCCGAUGCAAAAUCCGAAAUGACUUUCACUUGGAAACAAGGAAAGGACGAAAAAGUCAAAAAUAAUGUUGUUACGUUUACGUUUAUCAACGACCAUACUAACUUCUUGCUGUACUCGAUCACAGCUCGUAUUUAUUUGGAUAACACGAAUUUCCCCGGAAUCACGGAAAAAGAGGAAAACAGAACAAGGGAUUGGUUUUCGGGCAAUGAUCUUCGUUUGUUAGUUGCACCUGUGAAAACUGGUCUACACAAGUGUGAGAACGAAACUAUAAAAGUUGGCGAUAUUGAAUUUGAAAUGGCCAAUAUUUCUGUAAUUGCAUUCAACAAGGUCAAUGAUUAUUCCAUGCGUAAAGAUAAACAAUGUUCUAAGACUGAAAAUAAAACUGACACGUUUCCUUACUUUCUGAACAACGAUAAAAACGAAUCUUGCAUCUUAGCAAAAAUGGACAUAUCUUUCACAAUUCCAUAUCCUACGAAAGAUGGGGUUGAAGAAGGUAUCAAAAGCAUUCCGAGUGAAAGAACAGUAACUGGAAAGUGCGGCGCAGUACGAACUACGAUGACCAUAACUUGGCCGGAAUCAACAACAGAGCAAUCAACGUUUGCUACCGAAAACACGGAGAAUUCGGUUACAAUUGUAUUCAUGAAGGAUGGACGAACAUUUGUUAGCGGCAUAACCUACGACAUAUACGCAGACAGCAAAAAUUUCCCUGGCUCUAUUAGCACAAGAUUGAAGGACCGUUCGCCAAUCAUAUUUCAGGAAUUAAUCGCGCCAGAAAAUGGACUGUACAGUUGCGCGAACAAAGUUAUUUCUUUAGAAAAUUCUGUUAUGAACGUUAGCAACCUGCUGUUAGUUGCCUUCGAUACUAACAGCGAUUUCUCGAAGAAGACAGCGGUGGAUUGUAAAUCAGAACUCAGCCCUAAAGAGGAAGACUUCAAGUACGUUGUAAAGAACUCUGAUGACGUACCUUGCAUUUUGGCGAGCAUGAACAUCGCCAUAGACGUGCAAUACGAAACAAACGAUAAGAACAACAGCAAACCUAUAUCUGUGCCAUCUCCGCUUAAAGCCACCGGCACAUGUGAAAAGUUCGCAUCAACAAUGCGUUUAGACUGGUCCUCGGGCUCCACAAGGAGGUCAAUUCUAUUUUACAUACGUCGAAACUCGACUAUCUUCUUCGUGAAUCAGAUAGAAGCCGAAAUUUCUUUGGACAAAAAGGAUUUUCCGGACGCAAUUAAGCAGGAUACAAUAUUAUCCGGCGAGUCAGGGGACUCUGAGACGUUGUUCGCUGCGAAUGCGGUUAAUGGAAUGUACAACUGCACGAAAGAACAGUAUGGGAUACCCAUGACGGGGGGCUUGAAGAUGACCAUAAGCAACGUCACAUUUAUCGCUUUUAAUGACGAUGAUGACCUUUCUACGAGACAAGACGAGGGUUGUCCGAAAGAACCGGAGACCACCACAACUACGACGACCACAACUACGACUGAACCACCAACAGAGCCACCGACCGAACCAACGACCCUUGCACCCGAACCUGACCCAUCCGUCAAGAAAUCCACCUACUUCGUGAUGAAGAGAGGAACAGACAUAGCUUGCAUCAUAGCAAACAUGACGAUCUCACUGCGAAUAUCUUACGACAAGAGCGGUUCAGGGACUAAUGUGAAGACGUUAACUGUACCGAAGGAUAUUAAUGCAGGGGGCAGUUGCGACAACGCAACAUCUACGAUGAAAUUAAUCUGGCAAGAAAAGACUGAUGCUACUUAUGACACGGUUGAUACUAGGAAUAUUGUCAUACUCACUUUUCAAAGAACUGACUCGAGAUUUUCGCUUCAUUCGAUAAAUGUUAGUUGGUACAUGGACGAGAAGAAUUUUCAGGAUGCGAAACAAGUAAAACAGAGAGCCGUGGCAUUUUCCCAAGAUGCUAAUGUAUUCACUUCCUCCGUGAGUAAGCUGUACAAAUGUGCUCCUAAGAUCACAAAAAAAGUUGAACGCGUCGAUGUGACUAUCAGCGAGAUGUCUUUGAUCGCGUUCAAUACUGACAAGAUAGUAGCAACGAGAGCAGGUAAAAUGAGUUCUAACAGUAGCAGCGAUGUUGGUGCAAUCGUCGGCGGUAUUAUAGGAGGUCUCAUUCUCGCGGGUUUGCUAGGAUAUGGAGUCAUGUGGUACCUGAAGAGGAGAAGGCCGACAUAAUCGAAACUUAGUGUACGUAUUUCUGUAAAUGUGUUGUGAAUAAAUUAUGACAAUUUGGAUACAAUACUGCGUUCAAGCU